UGAUUUUUGACGUUGUAGCGCUGCUUGCACCGUCGUUUCGAACAUGGCCGCGGCACAAUGCGAGACGAACGAGGGCACCUCGACGGACCUCUUGAAAACGCCGGUAUUGUCGGACGAAGCCGUCAACGCGAUCCGCAGGGAUGAAGACUCCGGGAUUCCGUUGCAGACGCCGUGGACUUUCUGGCUCGACAAAGCCAUCCCUGGUACGACUACCGAAGAGUAUAAAAACAAUCUGCAAAAGAUUUAUACCGUAAAUACUGUCCAAACUUUCUGGGCAGUCUUCAACAACAUACCAAAUGCCGGAGAUAUGCAGGUUAGAUACAGUUAUCAUUUAAUGAGAGACGACAGAUAUCCUUUAUGGGAAGACAAAUUGAAUCAAAAGGGUGGUACCUGGAGAUUGAAGUGCCAUAAAUGUGAUACUGAACGUGUAUGGAAAGAAGUAGUGCUUGCAGCUAUCGGAGAACAGUUUGCAACAGACAUAGCGCAAGACGAUGAAAUCUGCGGAAUGACGGUAUCCAUUCGUGAUCGGGAGGAUCUCAUUCAAAUUUGGAACGUAAACGCCGAUCUAGUAUCGAAAGCCACAGUUUUAUCCAAAGUUCGUUCUCUGGUGCCUAAUGUAAACUUCCUGGGAGAGUUUUAUAAGCCUCAUAAAUCCCAUCACGCAUAUGGAAGACAUUAAAUAUACAGUAACAUUGUGAUGAAGAUGUUGAAUUGUUAAAUAUAUUAUAUGAGAUUAUGACAAUAACGAACAUUUAUUUAUGUUAACUAUAAAUAAUGUUCGUAUUAUCGUAAUAUGAACAAAGUCUCUUCUGAAAAACUCGGCGCACAAAGAAUAUAUCAAAGGAAGAGCAUUGUCAUUAGAUAUAUAUGUGUUUUAAAAGUUUGUUACUUGUGAAUUUUGUUUAAUGUGCGUUAUUUGAUGCCUUGUUUACAUACUGGAUUCGAUAUAUUUUAAAAUCGAAUUGCUGUUGUAACCGUUUUACAAACGCGAAAUAUAUUUUUAUAUUUACAAUGUG